GUACAACGAACCCUACAGUACGUUUAAAGUUGUACAACUUCCGGUCCAAUAUGACUGUGACAAUAUCUCCUCCACAAACCUUUGCACAAAGGGAUCAUUACAUUAUUUCUGUCACGUGGAGGAGUUCGGAUAGUUUUGCUACUGUGUGGCUGAAUAGAGAACAAAAUACGUCCAUUAUUACUAUUUGUAAUGCAUCGACUUCUUUAUGCUACGAGAAUCUUCACAUUGAAGAAAGCAGUGGCUGGGUCGAUGCAAUUGAUACACUGGUAUUUACCCCAUCAGGGAGUCAUUAUUUCAUUAGUAUUCCAAGACGAGACGCUACUGGUAAACUUGUGAGACAAGUGAAGAUGGUAGACGCUUCAGUGAAUAUAAAUGUAACGAAAAUCCGAGGCCGAACAAUUUUUCUUUCAACGGGUGAUAUUGAAGUUGAGAAGAUUGUCGGAUAUUUUAAUUAUUCCGUGUAUGUGAUAGGGAUUCCUCAAGACGAUCCAAAACAACGACACUUAUAUAGCGCGAUAACUGAUAAAGAUUCGCCAAAUUUUCAUAAAUUAAACUGUGUAACAUGUGAUAUUGACGAAAAUUGUAAAUAUAUGGAUGCGAAGUUUGGACCGACAGGGCAGUACUACAUUUUGGAAUGCCUUGGACCCGGAGUGCCUUAUUAUUCAUUUUAUGCAACACCAGAUUUACAUGUAACAUCAUUAGAAAAUAACAGUGACCUUGACAAAAGGCUUUCAGAGAAAUUAUUACCAGACAUUGAAUUCCUAAACGUAACAUUACCAGAUGGAAAUUUUGUACUCAGCAAAUUGAUUCUACCGCCAGUUUUGGAUCUCGAGGAACUCAUCCAAUACAAUGUCAUAAUUGUACCAAAUGAGGAUAUCGGCGAUCAAACAGUAACCUACAAGUUUCACCUGGGAUGGGAGCAUUUCUUGUCCAGUUUUCACAGUAUUAUUAUUGCCAAAAUAGACACAAGUGGGUCCAGAGGUAGGGGAGACAAUUGGAGAAAAGCUGUCCAUAGACAAAUAGGCGCUAGAGAGGUUGACGAAAUACUUGCUGUUGUUAGGUCUUUGAAGACUAUCACAUAUGUAAAUGAAGUUAUGGGAAUUGUCGGAAAGGGUUACGGUGGCCAUCUAGCUUUAUCAACAUUGAGUUCUGACUUCAAUAAUGUGUUGUCAUGUGGUGUUGCUGUGACACCAGUGAUAGAUUAUACAUACAUGGACAGUUUUAUCACAGAACGGUAUUAUGACAAAGGAGGUUACCAAAUAGCAUCUAACAACGAACUCAAGCUGCUGAAAAACAUCAAAAACAUUCACAGACAUGACGUAAUGCUUAUGCAUGGACUUUUAAACGAUGAAAUUCAUUUUCAAAAUACAGCGCAAUAUGUGAAAGCUUUAGUUAGUGAAAAUAUCCGUCAUGAGAUACAAAUAUAUCCAGACAAUGCGGAUUGCUUGGAGGACCCUCGUGUAAGACAGCAUGUUAUUACAAGUAUUGAAAACUUCUUUGUUAAAUGCUUUGGAAUCGAUCCCAACGCAGAACCAAACUAUUAUGUUGAAGACGAAGAAGAGGAAUAAACUUUAGAGAGACGCUUGGAAUGUGCGCAGAAUAUGAUUUAGAUAGAAUGGCAUAGGAAUGUUGUGUCAUCAAUAUGGAGUAAAGGUUUUUAGAUAAGCCAUGCAAGACAAAUUGGGAUAAAUAAUAGAGCUAAAUUUGCAUCUAUUUGAAUACGAUUUUGUUUUGUAGAAUCACAAACACAAAUGACAGUUUUAGAAGAGUUAGGAGAUAGGCAAGAGGAUAUCAGUCAGGGAUUUGAUCAGCAUUUAUAAUCAACACUUGUAUCAUACAUUUCACACCUCAUUUUGAAAUAUUUCCAUAAAGAUCAUUUCAAUUACCAUAUCACCAAGACAUGAGUUUCUUGUCGUAUGUUGUAUGUAUGUUGAUCAUUUCUCUAAGUAUGGUUUUUAUACGUUUUGUCGUAUUUUGUCAAAGACAAUACUUAAAGUUCUAUAUUACAGAAUAACUAAAGUCGCAACAUUUUUUUCUUCACGUUGCACGAAAGGUUUUAAGUUAUGCUAAAAUUAAGUUAAAGUAAAUAUUGAUAUGGAUAGGGCAUCUAAUUUACUGUAAUAAAAAUGUAUGAAUACCUGAAUACCAAUUUAUUGGCUAUACA